AUGGGAAACAAGAUAACAAAAGAGCCUGAGGUUGUGAAGGGUGUAGAUUUGGAGAGAUACACGGGUCGGUGGUACGAGAUUGCUUCUUUUCCUUCGUUUUUCCAACCCAAAAACAGUGAGAACACCAGAGCCACCUAUACUCUAAACAACGAUGGAACUGUUCAUGUCCUCAACGAGACAUGGAAUAAUGGAAAAAGAAACUCCAUAGAAGGAAGUGCUUAUAAAGCUAACCCUAAUAGCGAUGAAGCCAAACUCAAGGUCAAGUUCUUUGUUCCUCCAUUCUUGCCAAUCAUUCCUGUUCUGGGAAACUACUGGAUUUUGUACCUUGAUCAAGAUUAUCAAUAUGCUCUUAUUGGAGAGCCUACAAGAAAAUAUCUUUGGAUAUUAUGCAGACAAACGCAUUUGGAUGAUGAAAUUUACAAGAAACUUGUUGAGAAAGCUAAGGAAGAAGGGUAUGAUGAUGUGACCACCAAAUUGCGCAAGACACCACAAAGUGAUCCUCCACCUGAAUAA